ACUUUUUGGAACCAUUGAAUUUCACUGGGUUCAGUGUAUAUCACAUGAUGAUCACCUGAGAAAACAAGUACCACGUUCCGUUUGUUUCUCCAACCAGAUUCAUUCAUACGAAAUAUUUGCUGUCCUAUCCCAUCAUUCAUUCAUUCAUCUCCAAACUCUCUCAUAAACCAUUCUCUUCUCUUCUCUUCUCUAUGCAUAUCCUUUUACAAGAUUCUCCAUCUUAAGCCACUCUGUAUUUCUAAACAUUUUGAGUCCAACAACCAAACAAAACCCAACAAACAAACAACAUCACCUCACUCAUCAACCAUUCAAACAACCUCAAACAAACACACACACACAUAGAUCCUCACUCAAACAUCAUCAACAAACAAACAUAAUCUCUUGUUCUCUUUGAGCUAAUCAUGGAUGAUCCUAACAACAACAACAAAGGUAAUUCAUCUCCAUACGACUCUUCAUCUACUUCUUCUUCUUCUUUAUUAUCACAACCUUUCUUAUCAAAACCCUCAAUCACAACAACAACAACAUACCCACCAAUAAAAGACCAUGAUUCAAACCAAGAAUCUGACACAAAUCAACAAUACAUUCACAUCUCAUACAAUCACGGUCCUCGUUAUUUCAAAGACCUACCUUUUCUCAUCCUUUUUCUUCUCUUUCUUCUCUCCACUUUCGCUUUUGGAAUCUUCUCAAUUUUCCAUAGAAACACCAAUUACUCAACACUCUCUUCUUACACCUAUGACAAAAACACCACCUCUUGCAUCAACCCUUCACUUCCAUCAACUUUUCCCACCAAUUUUCUCUCUUCAUCUUCACCUUUUGUCAAAGAUUUAAUAUGGACACUUGUUAUUACGUUCAUUUUAAGCAUACCCAUGUGUUGGUCUUUGCUUCUUUUACUGAAGCAUUACACCAAACACCUUGUCUACGCUUCUCUUCCUUUCUUUAUUCUUAUUCCUAUCUUCUUAAAUGUUUAUUGGUUUGUUGCUUGCACUAUUAAAACUUCAUGUAGUGAUGCUUUUCCUAUGGUGUAUAGAAUUGUCGUGUUGGUUUUUGUUUUUUUGGUUAUUGGUGUGAUUGUGUGGAUUCUUGUUUUGAAUUGGCACCGUGUGGAACUCACUGUCAGUAUAAUUGGGGUUGCUUCUGAUGCACUUUCUUGGAAUAUGGGUUUGUUUGGGGUGCUUCCUUGUUUAACUGUUGGCCUUGUUGUGUAUUAUGUGCCUAUUGUGGUUUUUUUGGUGUUUGCUAAGUAUAAUGGGAAGGUCGUGCCGAAGAAAUUGCAUAGUGAAUAUGAUUGUGUUUGGAAGGAGGAUUCUUGGGUUCCAGCUUAUUUUGCAUUGGCAAUACUUACUAUGUUGUGGUCAGCAGCAGCUAUGGUUGAAGCUCAGGUUUAUGUCAUUAGUGGAACUAUUGCUCGUUGGUAUUUCUCUAAGGAUUUUGAGACUCCUACAAAGACUAUUAGAACUUCUCUCAGAAAUGCUUUUGGUCCUUCUUCUGGAACAAUAUGUUUGUCGGGAUUGCUUAUCUUUGUUGUUCGAUUAGUGCGUUCUGUCGUUGAUAAUGCAAGGCAAGAAGGUGCUCCAGGGCUAGUGAACAUUGUAUUGCGGUGCUGUGUAAAUGCCUUACUGACAGCUGUUGAUUUUCUUAACAAGUUUACUAUCAACUUUGCUGCAAUAACCGGUGAAGCUUACUGCACAUCUUCAAGGAUGACAUAUGAACUUCUAAGACGUAACCUUCUCUCUGCUGUUUUUGUGGAGACAAUAUCAUCUCGUCUUCUGGUUGGAAUUGUUUUUGUCCUGUCAGCAAUUUACACAAUUGUGGCCUGUGUUAUCUUAAAAGCUGCGACCAAUCUCGGGUCUGAUGCAUAUUUUGUGGCAGCGAUAGCAUGGCUUCUACUGAUAAUAGUGCUGGGUUACCUUGUGCAUGUGCUCGACAAUGUAAUUGACACAAUUUAUGUCUGCUAUGCCAUAGACAGGGACAGAGGAGAGGUUUGUAAACAAGACGUUCACGAAGUUUACGUUCACCUACCCAUAAGUAGAAGUCUUAGACAAUCUAAUAUUACAAGAACUCUAGGUGUAUAAAUAAUUCCUAGGAUUCAAAUGUUUUUGAAUGCUUGGAUUGAUAUUUUGUGGAAAAUGUGGAGUUAGAAUUGUCUGUAAACCUGUUGUGCAUACUUUUGAAUGUUUCUUCUAUAAAUAUAAAUUUUUGUUUUACAA